UCUAAAUAUUUUAAGAACGGACGGAUAAGACCAGCAACUUGACUGCCAAGUCCUCUCUCCCUCAAACCAACCAGCUCUUCUUCUUCUUGUCAGAUUUUAGGGUUUCAGUUCUCUAGAGCUCAGAAAUCUCCAUUCCUCUAAAUGUAAGCUUACUGAAGUCUCGUUCAAGAAUUUGGCUUAAUUUUACUUGAGAAAAUGAAAGCAGCAGUAGUGGUUAGAUGCUAGCGAAAGCCUAAUUUGGUGCUGAAAGCUCGAAAUUAGGGUGUUAUUGUUAUCUUGGCUUUUCUUUGUGAUAUUUAGAGAUGGGUGGCGGGGAGGGAACAAGCAAUGGUGACAUCACAGCAGAGAGCGUUCAGUGCUUGAAAACUGAAGUUGUGAUCAAUGGUUUUGGGUCUAGGAUUGGAAAGCAUAGUGGUGAUUGCGGCUCAAGGCCGGGUGAGGGUUUUCGAACUUACAAGAGGCGAAAACACACUAAGUCGAGCUCAGAGAGUAAAGGUCAAGAGGAUGGGAGAGGUUCUGUGGAAGCUGCUAGUAAAUUGGCAGACGAGACUGCAAAUGAGACACCAGACUGUCUUCCUGAAAAACAUACUUCUUUGGAUGGUUCAAAUGAUGUUUCACACAAGCAGAGCCGAAAUUUUGUCCUUGAGAGCAUUUAUCAGUCAUUAAAAAAUGACAAAGGUGGUAUUCAGGGUUGCAUCCGAGAUGCGCUUCUGAUGACAGUUAAGGAAUCUGAUAGUUGUGACAAAGAUAGGCACAAGCCCUCCUCACAAGCAAGGUGGAUGCCUAAUGGAACUCAUGCAGCUAAAGAGCAUGUGGAUGUGGAUGUCACAUCUAAUGACUCUUUUAAUGCAUCUCAUCGUCCUGUCACUGAGAUGUGCCAGAAUGCUUUACUUAAUAUUAUACUUUCUGAAAAGUUCACCUUAUUGUGCAAGCUACUGGUUGAUAAUUUCCAAGAAACAAAGGCUGAAAACCUUUUAGGCUUGAGUCUCAUAAACAUAAGGAUGAAAGAUGGAGUUUAUGAACAUUCACCUUCACUUUUUCUUACGGAUAUUCAACUGGUGUGGAAAAAGCUUCAAGGAAUUGGUAAUGAUUUGAUUUCUCUUGCAAAGAGCCUCUCAGAUGUAUCUUUUACUUGCUGUAAUGAACAGUUCAGUACCCGGGAAUUUAAAUUUCAUUGUAAAUCAGAGAAAAUAGACAGUUGUGGUGUAUAUAGUGUCUGCACUUGCUGGCGUUGUGGGGACAAAGCAGACGGGAGGGAUUGUCUGGUAUGUGAUUCAUGUGAGGAAAUGUACCAUGUAUCCUGUAUUGAACCUGCUGUCAAAGAGAUUCCCCCAAAAAGUUGGUACUGCGCGAGCUGCACAGCAGUAGGAAUGGGAUCUCCCCAUGAGAAUUGUGUAGUGUGCGAGAGGCUGAAUGCCCCCAGGACCCUAUGUGAUGAAGCUGGUGAUGAAAAGGUAUCUUCAACAAUUGAAAAAAUAUUCAGCGAGUUUGAAGAGACUUCAAAUUGUACUGGGGAUGAUUUUUGUCAACCACCAGCAGGGAGUAAAAAUGUCUGUGUUUGUAAAUUCUGUGGAAAUGAGGUGGAAAAUGGAGAAAAGCUAAGGAUAUGUGAGCAUGUUUUAUGCCCUUACAAGUAUUACCAUGUGAGGUGCUUGACAACUAACUUGUUAAAAUCGCAUGGUCCACUUUGGUAUUGCCCUUCUUGUCUAUGUAGAGUUUGCCUCACUGAUAAAGAUGAUACUAAGAUUGUAUUAUGCGAUGGUUGUGAUAAUGCUUAUCACAUGUAUUGCAUGAAUCCGCCACGUACUACUGUACCAAAAGGGAAGUGGUUCUGCAGACAAUGUGAUGUGAAAAUCAAGGAAAUACGCAAGGCAAGGAGGGCAUAUGAGAAACGGGGAUAUAGAAUGAAAAGGAAAAUUGAAGCAGGUAAAAGAGCUUGUGAGAAUCUCGAGGAGAAACUGGAUGAGAAAUGUGAACAGGAAUCAGUCAAAGAUAGGGAACCAAUGGACAUGCUUCUAAAAGCAGCUUUAUAUGAAGAAAAGUUGGCUGGUGUUUGAAAUACAUGACUUCUUAGGAGACAAGAGUAAAACAAUUCAUUGUUUUUGGCAGGAAUGAUUUGAUGUUGUAUAACUGGUGCCAAGAAUUUUGUUUUUACCUCAUUAUGGAUGACUAAUCUUUUGUUAGGUUGUAAAAUCUAGGUUUUGCGGACUGCAAGGCUUGUGUAUUUGCUAGUUGCCAAUUCCAAACGCAGAAAUGUAGUUUUAAGGAUCAAGGAAUCAUUAGGUCUGUUUGUUGGAAGUAAUCUUCUUAAUACAGAAUAUUUUGCAGAAAGGAAAGGGAUGUUUCUUAGGGAAUGUUGUAAAAUGAAGAAACUGCGUAUGUUUAUAGUGAAAGAAAAAUGAUACUCGUAAUUUUUGACAUGUAAUAUUCUUUCUUAUUUGGAAUGAAUUACUUAGUUGUUCUUUUUGCUA